AGUUUUUUUUUGUUUUUAAAAUUUUUUUUUGCCCCAAACAAAAAAAAGAGAGUUUGCAAUCGUAAUAAAUCGCCAGCAAAAGAGAGGGAGAGGAGAGAGAGAGAGAGUGAGAGAGAGGGGGGGGGGAAUCGCUCCCCCUCAAAUCUGGUUGAGCAGAGAGAGUGAGAGGCGUGAGAGGUAUAUGAGCCAUUCAGAUUGACAACCUGAACAGGUGGGAGCAGUGGCGACGCUGUCGGGAGGGGAAGCCACAGAGGUGCUGCAGCUCCAACACACAGCAGUGUUUGCUGCUGUCCUGUCCUGUCCUGUCCUCUCCUCUCCUCUUCACUGACUGCCUGACGCUGCUCACAAACAUGUCCAACUACACGUCCGUGAAACUGUCUCAGAUGAUUUCCCUGUUGACCAUCGCUGUGGGGGUGAAUGUGUGCCUGGGGAUGGCUGUGCGCCGCCUGCAGAGAUCUGGAGAAGCGAAUAACCGUGAAGAUUCAGCCCGUGCCACCUCUUCGGCUGGGUCAUGCCGGGGCAGAUGUUUUGAACUGCAGGAGGCAACGCCACCCAACUGUCGUUGUGACAAUUUGUGCAAAAGUUAUAACAGUUGCUGUUUAGAUUUUGAUCAGCUUUGUUUGAAGACAGGUUACCCUCUUCCUUCCCUGUCACGUCCCAUUCCUCGACUGAGAGGGCAGGCAGGUCGAGGAUGGGAGUGCACCAAGGAACGGUGUGGGGAAACACGAAAUGAAGAUCAUGCUUGCCAUUGCUCUGAAGACUGCAUGGCAAAGAAAGAUUGCUGCACCAACUAUAUGGCUAUGUGCAAAGGGGAGACACGCUGGUUGGAUGACGAGUGUGAAGACUUGAGAGUCCCAGAUUGUCCGGCAGGUUUUGUUCGUCCACCACUCAUCAUUUUCUCGGUUGAUGGGUUUCGGGCUUCAUAUAUGAAGAAAGGAGCCAAGGUCAUGCCCCAUAUUGAAAAACUAAGAUCGUGUGGAAGUCAUGCUCCUUACAUGAGGCCAGUUUAUCCAACAAAAACCUUUCCCAACAUGUACACCCUUGCUACUGGACUUUAUCCUGAAUCACAUGGCAUUGUUGGCAAUUUGAUGCAUGACCCUGUGUUUGAUGCCAACUUCAGUCUUCGAGGUAGAGAAAAAUUCAACCCUCGAUGGUGGGGUGGACAACCGAUCUGGGUAACUGCUACCAGCCAAGCAUUGAAGGCUGGCACGUUCUUCUGGCCUGUUGUCAUUCCCUAUGAGCGAAGGAUAUUUACAAUACUUCAAUGGUUGAGCCUGCCAGAUAAUGAAAGGCCCUAUGCCUAUGCUUUCUACUCGGAACAGCCAGAUGGUUACGGUCAUAGAUUUGGACCAUUCAGCUCAGAGGUGACUGAAGCUCUUCGUACAACAGACAGAAUUGUAGGGCAGCUGAUGAAUGGCCUGAAACAAAUGAAACUCCACCGAUGUGUUAACAUCAUCUUUCUUGGAGACCAUGGAAUGGAAGACGCAGCCUGUGAAAGAACUGAGUAUUUGAGCAAUUACCUUCAUAAUGUUGAUGACAUUAUCUUGUUCCCUGGAUCUCUUGGGCGUAUUCGCUCCAGAUACAGUAACAGUGUCAAAUAUGAUCCCAAGGCUGUGGUAGCCAACCUUACUUGUAGGAAGCCUGAUCAGCAUUUCAAACCCUAUCUGAAGAUGAAUCUUCCAAAGCGCUUGCAUUACGCCAAUAAUAGGAGAAUUGAAGAUGUCCAUUUAAUGGUUGAGAGGAAGUGGCUGGUGGCAAGGAAACCAAUGGAUGUUACCAGAAAGUCAGGAAGGUGUAGCUUUCAAGGCGACCAUGGCUACGACAAUAAGAUCAAUAGUAUGCAGACUGUUUUCAUAGGCCAUGGUCCUAGUUUUAAACAUAGAACAAAAGUGCCACCCUUUGAAAAUAUUGAACUGUAUAAUGUUAUGUGUGACCUCCUUGGAUUAACUCCAGCACCUAAUAAUGGAACCCAUGGUAGUAUGAACCAUCUUUUGCGGAACCCUUCAUUCAGACCAUCCAUGCCAGAUGAAAUCUCCAAACCAUCCUUUCCUGUUGCAGCUGCAACUGUUGUGGAUGAUUUGGGCUGCACGUGUGAAGAGAAGAAUAAAGGAGAUGAACUGAACAAGCGUCUGCAGAGCAGGGGAACAGAAGAAAACAAACAUCUACUUUAUAGUCGUCCUGCAGUUACUUAUCGUACCAAGUACUACAUGUUACAUCACCAUGGCUAUGAAAGUGGUUACAGUGAAACCUUUUUGAUGCCUCUGUGGACGUCAUACACAGUCCCCAAACUGGUGGAGGUCUCUAACCUUCCAGACUUCCUGAGUAACUGUGUAAGACCUGAUGUUCGUAUCUCAGCAAGUCACAGCCAAAGUUGUACAGGUUAUAGAACAAACAGACAAAUUUCAUAUGGGUUUCUUUAUCCUCCCACUCUUGGAUCCACACUUGAUGCUAAAUAUGAUGCCCUUUUAACAUCAAAUAUUGUUCCAAUGUUUCCUGCUUUUAAGAGAGUGUGGAACUACUUUCACAAGGUGAUAGUCAAGAAACUGGCUUUGGAACGAAAUGGAAUUAAUAUCAUUAGUGGCCCUGUGUUUGAUUACGACUAUGACGGUCUUCGUGACACGCUUGAUAAAGUAAAACGAUUUGUUGAUGGCUCAAUCCCCAUUCCAACUCACUUCUAUAGCAUCAUCACAAGCUGCCUGGACAGCACUCAGGCCGUGGACAGGUGUGAUGGGCCACUGACUGCCACUUCUUUCAUUCUCCCCCACAGACCUGACAAUGAUGAAAGUUGUAAUAGCAACGAGGAUGAAUCGAAAUGGGUUGAAGACCUCAUGAAAUUACACACUGCACGUGUUCGUGAUAUUGAAACCCUGACCGGCUUGGAUUUCUACCGUAGAACCACCAGAGCUUAUCCUGAAAUCCUGUCUUUAAAGACAUUUUUACAGACAUUUGAAAGUGAAAUCUAAAUUCCCUUUUGUGUUUUAUUUUGUUGUAGUACAUCUAUUACUCACAGGUGUAUAUUUUUUGAAUACUCUUUUUGUGUUUGUAUUUAUUAAUUCAAAAUCAGAAUAUUUUAAAGAAAACUGUUUCUUUGAAGCUUUGCACCUAAUAUGUCACAUUUAAUAACAAGCAUGUAUGUGGUCUUUGUUUCUUUUUCUCCUUUGUUAUUAUUUAGCUGUUUGAGUGCUGUCUGUCUGUAAACUGCAUGUAAUACUGCAGAUUUUGUUUUAGCCUAAAAUUUGGAUUCAUGCUCCAGGCCCUAGAAGUGCAUUGAGGAAAUCCUAGAUUGUUCAGUGCGCUGUUGAUUUUGUAAUUGUCGUCCUAUUCUAUGAAAAUGAAGGUAUGUAAAAUUACAUUUAUACUUCACUAUUGUUGAGAUUGGAGCAGACUUAUACUUAUACUUUGGAGGCAAAUCAAGUCUGAAAUAUAAUAAACCUAAAUCAAAUUGCAACAGUUGGCUUUGUAAAGGGGUUACUUACUUAUGGACAAAUAACGUGAUAUAUCGAAUGGAACACCAAACUGAUAUGUUAAACAGGCUAUGGAGCACUCACAUACCUAUGCUUUCAGUGGGAAAUUAGGCAUAACACUCAGUGGAAGGAGAGACUCAGAGGGGUGGGAAAUAGAAUAAAUUAGUAGAGGGUUUGCAUUGUUUUCGGGGCACCUGCAUUUUCCUGAUCUGUACUUGAACUUGGCAGGACAGAUUCAAUGUUUCUAAUUAAUGCAUAUCUUUCAACAUUUAACUGCAGUCAAAAAUGUAUUGGACUUUUUGGAGAAAACAAGAAGGUUAUUUUCAGAUUAAUACUGAAAUUGUCCUAAACGUUUGGAUAAAGUUAAUAAUUUUCUACAUUACCAGUAUUUAUAACAAUACAAUAAUAAUUUGCUCAACUUUGUAAAUACUAAUAAAGCAUUUUAAAUCUCA